AUGAACCAAACUCAAGCUUACUCGGUUUGGGAUACACCCGCGACUCCAGCUCCUUAUGCUGUGACCAUUCUUCAAGAUCGUUGGGAGCUCGAGGAAGAACUUGGAGAAGGCUCACAUGGCACAGUGUAUGCUGCCACAGACUUGAAAGACAAUCGAGUCGCAUGUUGUGUCAAGAAAGCCAAUCGCGAGAAUACUCGAAUACAUCUUGAUCACGAAUACAGCAUGUACAAAAUCCUAGCAUCCAAACGCAUAACAUGCGUCCCCAGAUGUCUAGGCAUAUUCGAGCAAGAAGAAGAAUUAUUCAUGGUCUUAGAACGUCUAGGGCCAUCAUUAGAAGAAAUAGCAUUCCGGUAUCCGUCUCGUAAAAUACCACUGAAACAAGUUGUCGCUGCUGCUCCCAAACUUUUGAAGACUUUGAGGAAUAUACAUGACAAUGGUAUUUUGCAUCGGGAUAUCAAGCCUGGGCAGUUUCUGGUUGGGAGGGCUGGUGAUGAGUUGAAUAAUUUCUCUGAUGUGUAUGUUGUGGACUUUGGUCUUGCUACGGAAUGGUGGGUAGGUGGAAAGCAUAUCCCAGGAAAAAAGAAACCAAGAGGAGGCACAUUACACGUCGGCACAGCCAAAUAUGCUUCAUUGAACGUCCAUCGAGAGAAAGUUGCUACGCGUCGAGAUGACAUUGAAUCCCUCGCAUAUGUCUUGAUUGAAUUGGCACGUGGUAGUCUUCCAUGGACUGGGGUCAGUGCCUUCAAUCUUUCACUUGGAUGGAAGAAGAUUGCUAAUGUCAAGGAUGAAACUCUUCUUUGUGACUUGUGUGAAGUACCAGAGUUCGCUGAACUCAUAGAACACGCACGUGAACUCGACUUCUACGGUCGCCCAGAUUACGAAAGGUUUAUACAAAAAUUCGAAGGCCGGUUUACCACAAUGUGGGGCAAUGAUCUCCACUUUGACUGGUUGCCAUGA